UUUACGACAUGCUACUCAAUGGUCCUUGAAUGUCCGUGCUACGAGGGUAGGACAGGCCAGUACUUAAUAACAUCUAAUUGGAAACACUACUCGCAAUGUUGUUUCCUCCAACUCGACAUGCCACUGUGGCUGUGUGGUGAACUACAACAUAUCAUAAAAGGCAAUACACUGCAGCUGUAGCCCACAUAUCGUGUAUUUGUAGAAGAGAUAGUGGCUCCAGACAUUACAAUACUUGUACAGUGUUUAUUGCCUGCACACUUACGUAUCGUUUGGAGAACAGACAUGCAAGUGGAUGAUGAAUGUUGCUACCACAGAGGAAAAAAUUGAAAUGAUCAUAAUUUAUGGAGAUUGUAGGAGAAAUGUUGUGGCUGUUGUUGCCUUUGUAGUGGCACCACCAUUUAGGACAGGGAAAGUUAGUUUUAUGUGAUAUUCCGAGAGCAAGUCAUCACUGCCAGGAGUGGACCGGAUUGCAGUGAGUUACGCAUACCAGCAGUUGCGAAGGCAAAUAGGGCCUACAGGGGUAUAGAAUUGCCGGAGAGGGUGCACACAGCAGUUUCCAUGGCGCAAGUUACAGGCAGAAGAGGGUCUCUGGCCAACCUAAGUGUUAUGCAAAUGUGACACGAAGCAGCACACUUGACAAAACAGAGGCACACAGCCGAGUAUAAAUAGGUACCGAUUUCUAAUGAGAUUCAUUCAAGUGUGGCAGCUCUCCUGGACGAUAAGGCAUGUCACACCGCCGGGCUACACGCAGCAACAGAUGGGGCGCCAGCGUCCCAGUCUGCGGCAGGUUGUUGGUUCGACCCUCUGAGGCCGACGCGGGGUCUGCAGCCAGCCAGGGCGGGCCAUUUUCAGCUCGCUACCGCGGGCAGUCCUCUCGGCUCCCGACACAUGCCCGAGACUUCCGAGGCAAGGGCUGCAGAUUCGGACGCCAGAUUGCGGGCGGUCGUUGCCACCGCGUUCUCAGCUAUGCCAGCGAGGAAGAAGCAGCAGCAGGGCUGGCCUAUGGCUUCCGGUGCAGCAGCGCGGAGUCAACGGGAACGGUGACCGCUGACUCGGCUGCUGGCACAGCCAUCCUGACUUCGUCGGAACUCAGCAGGCCGGCCAAGGCCGGCACAACACAGCGUUGCAUUGCACAGGCCGCUGUGGUGCUUCCUCAGCAUUGCCGGGUCCUGUGUCACAGACCAAGCUGCCACAACAUUUGGUGUCAGAAUAGUGGACAUCAUCUGUCAAGUAUGACGUUCGAGCCCACCGCCUGCAGUACAGUCACAAGAUGGUAUUUUGAUGAAAUCGAAGCAGGGGUUUUACCACCACCUGCCUCUGCAAAUGGGAAAGGUGAAGCUAAGGGAGAUGCAGAGAAUCAUUCCAUUAUUAUGCAACAGGUGGAUGAACUGCAAGACACUGUUAAAGAACUGAUGAAUCAGCUACAAGAGAGGGACACAUGCCUUGAGAGGAUGGCUCAAGACAUGCAAAACAUGCGAGAAGUAGCAAAGAAAAUCAUUGGUGCAGAUGAUGUGAAUUUACAGCAGGACUCAGUUAAAUCAGUCAGUGCUGAAGCUGAUGACAGCUACUUCCAGACAUAUGCACACUUUGAUAUUCAUCAUCAAAUGCUCAGUGAUCGUGUGCGCACUGAGUCAUACCGAGAUGCCAUAAUGAUGAAUAAAUCUGUAAUAGAGAAGAAAACAGUGUUAGAUCUUGGUUGUGGAACAGGUAUAUUAUCAAUGUUCGCAGCAUCAGCUGGUGCUGCAAAAGUUAUGGGCAUUGAUCAGUCAGAAAUUAUUUACAGUGCAAUGGAUAUUAUCAGGGAAAAUGGUAUGGAUAAAAACAUUACUCUUAUAAAGGGUCGGCUGGAAGAUACUGAACUACCUCUGGACAAGGUUGACGUCAUAAUUUCAGAGUGGAUGGGCUAUUUCCUGUUAUAUGAAGCUAUGCUUGACAGUGUUAUUUAUGCACGUGAGCACCACCUUUCGAAAGGUGGUCUUCUUUUACCAAAUCGAUGCACAGCAAAUAUAGUGGGCAUUGAAGAUAACGAUCGCCACAGACAAUUAAUUUACUUCUGGGAAGACGUUUAUGGUUUCCGUAUGACCUGUAUGCAGUCAGAAGUUCUACGCGAGCCAUCUGUUGAAGUUGUGCCCAGAGAUAAAAUAGUAACGAGCUCCUUUGUUUUGACUGAAAUAGAUUUGUACUCCUGUAGUACUGACUGUAUCAAUUAUACUUCAGAAUUUUCUCUGGAAGCAUUGAGAGACUGUACCAUUACUAGCUUUGCAGGUUACUUUGAUGUGUUCUUUGAUCUUCCAGUACCUAUUCAGUUCUCAACAGGCCCUGUUUGUGAGGCAACUCACUGGAAACAGACAGUAUUUUUCUUAAAACAACCUAUUCCAUUGCAAAAAGGUGAAAAACUUACUGGAAUAUUAACAUGCAUGCGUAAAGAAGUGCGUUCACUGGCUGUAACAAUUUCACUCUUGGGGCAAGUGCAUAAGUUUACAUUAACCUGAAAUUCAUUUCUGAAAUGAAAUGUCAUAAAAAACGGACUUGAAGAUGCAAUAUUUAAAAAAAAUAAAUUGUUUGUUUUAUACAUUCUGUUUGGAAAAUUUUAUAAAGUAUUUUUUUCCAAAAAUUAUAAAA